AUGAGAGAGAAAAACAUUAAUAAUAAUGGAGCAGAGAAAAGCUACUUUGAUGUGAUUGGGAUUUGCUGUCCUUCUGAGGUUCCUUUGAUAGACAAGAUUUUGAAGGGUCUUGACGGAGUUCAUGAGGUUUCCGUCAUGGUUACCACAAAAACUGUCGUCGUCGUUCAUGAUCCUCUUCUCAUUACCCAGCACCAGAUAGUGAGGGCACUAAAUAAAGCAAGUUUGGAGGCAAGCAUAAAAGUGAAUGGAGAAACAAAUGAUGGCCCAAAAAUGUUGCCAAGUCCUUAUGCGGUGGUUUGUGGAAUCCUGCUACUGCUCUCCUUUCUUAAAUAUGUGUAUGCACCCUUGAAAUGGUUAGCUGUUGCCGCCGCCGUCGCCGGCAGCUUUCCCGUUCUUAGAAGGGCCGUGGCGGCGCUGCGUAAUCUCACACUUGACAUCAAUAUUCUUAUGAUAAUUUCAGUUGUAGGUUCAAUUGUUCUACAUGAUUACUGGGAAGCUGCUACAAUCGUCUUCCUUUUCACCACAGGUGAAUGGUUGGAGUCAAGGGCAAGUCACAAGGCCAUGGCUGCUAUGUCAUCACUGGUAAAUGUUGUCUCACAAAGAGCUGUGUUAGCUGAAACUGGUGAAAUACUUGAUGCUAAUCAAGUCAAAGUGGACACCAUUCUUGCUGUUAAGGCUGGGGAGGUAAUACCAAUUGAUGGAAUUGUUGUGGAAGGGGAAUGUGAGGUAGAUGAGAAGACUUUGACUGGGGAAUCAUUUUCUGUGCCAAAGCAAAAGGAUUCAACUGUUUGGGCUGCCACAAUUAACCUUAAUGGCUACAUUAGCAUCAAGACUACUGCAGUGGCUGAAGAUUGCGCGGUGGCUAGAAUGGCAAAGCUGGUAGAAGAAGCUCAGAGCAACAAGUCCAGAGCCCAAAGAUCAAUAGACAAGAUUGCUAAGUAUUACACACCAGCCAUUGUGGCUAUUUCAGCCUGUUUGGCAAUAAGUGCAGUGAAAGUUGAGAACCGAAGCGAAAGGUACCACUUGGCUUUGGUUGUGUUGGUGAGUGCAUGCCCCUGUGCGCUUGUGUUGUCCACGCCUGUUGCAAUGUUCUGUGCACUUUCGCGAGCCGCAGCUUUAGGUCUGCUGUUUAAAGGUGCAGAGUACCUUGAGAUUCUUGCCAAAGUAAAGGUCAUAGCUUUCGACAAGACAGGGACAAUAACAAGGGGGGAAUUUACAGUGGCACACUUCAGCUCACUCCUGGAUGGUAUCAACCACAAUACACUGCUUUCCUGGGUUUCAAGCAUAGAGAGCAAGUCAAGUCACCCAAUGGCUCCUGCCAUAAUCGACUAUGCACAGUCACAUUCAGUGGAGCCAAAUCCUGAGAAAGUGGAACACUUUCAAAACUUUCCUGGUGAAGGAAUUUAUGGUGAAAUUGAUGGGAUGGAAAUCUAUAUAGGAAACAAGAAAAUAUCUGCCAGAGCAGGAUGCACCUCAGUUCCAGAAUUUGAUGUUGAUGGAAGAGAAGGAAAGUCCAUGAGCUACAUAUUUGUGGGAUCAUCUUUGGCUGGAGUUUUCAGCCUGUCUGAUGCAUGCAGAACUGGGGCACAAGAAGCAAUUCGAAAGCUGAAGGUGAUGGGCAUCAAAACUGUAAUGCUUACAGGAGAUAGCUAUGCAGCUGCCAGGCAUGUUCAAGAACAGCUAGGUGGUGCCUUAGACGAGUUUCACGCCGAACUACUUCCUGAGGAGAAGGCACAAAUCAUAAAGAAGUUUCAGAAGGGAGGUCGAACGGGGAUGAUAGGCGAUGGAUUGAACGAUGCCCCUGCUUUAGCCACUGCUGAUGUUGGGAUCUCGAUGGGAAUAUCGGGGUCAAAUCUUGCCCAGGAAACAGGUCAUGUUAUACUCAUGACAAAUGAUAUUGGCAGGAUAGGGAAAGCCAUAGAACUUGGCAGAAGAGUUUGGAGAAAAGUGAUUGUGAACAUUGUGGUGGCAAUCUGCACUAAGGCUGCUAUAAUGGCACUGGCCAUAGCUGGUCACCCACUGGUUUGGGCUGCAGUGCUGGUUGAUGUUGGAACCUGCUUGGUAGUGAUCUUUAAUAGCACGCUUCUUCUACGAGGAGGAGAUCGAGAGGCGCCUAAACGUCGAAAGAAGUGCUGCAAAUCUUCUUCUGCUACCAAGAAACAUAAAUGCAGCAGGGAAACUACUACUACUACUACUAAAUCGUCAUCUCACCGGCCUUCUUGCUGCUCCAAAUCUGAGUCAAGAAAGACCUGCAAGUCGUCUCGGAGAUGUUCAGCGAAGAAAUGUGGUUCGAGAUUUGGCAAGAAGUCGUGUGCUCCAUCAUCAUGUUCUUCCAAGAUUUCAUGUGCAAAAGACCAUGGUUGUCAUCAGUUACAUGCUAAUAAUGCAGCAUUCCAUGUACAUUCUGAUUGUUCAGAUAAUUCAACAUUACACAAACAUGAUGAUGAACAUUCACAAACAGACACUAGGAUAAUGGAAGAGGAACAUCACUGUGAGCAUGGAGCUGAUGAGGAUAACCAUUGUGAAGGCUCUACAGAACCUGCAGAGAUAAUGCAUGACUGUUCUGAACUCCAUGAAUGUCAUAGAAAUAAUAUAUUAGGAGGAAGCUUAUCUGAAAUAGUUGUAGAAUAAAUUAAAGCUUAGUACGGUGC